AUGGCUGUUGUAGCCAGAGAGAAAUAUAGCAGACCUGAAGACUGUUUGAGAUCCACCGCUAUGAAAAGAAUAGUCCUGGAAGUUGUGUUCUUGUUCUUGAUCCAUGCUGUCAACGCUCAGUUCGAAGCUCUUAUUCCAUUAAUUGGCACCUUAGCUGGUGGUCUUUUAAUGGGAUUUGGAGUGAACGAAAUGAACAACAAUAUGAAUGCCAUAAAUGGCCCCGUCAUGAUGAUGCCAAUGAACGGCGGAAGUUCCCCGAGCAUGAUGAUACCAAUGAGACCGGUGGGACGACCCCAGACGGUUGCCAUGGUAACACCUCUCACUUCACCUCAAAUGACGAAUGGAAUGAGUAUGGGGUGGCCAAUGAAUGGGAUGGCAUAUGGGAAUGGUAUGAUGAUGCCAAUGAAUGGAAAUAACGGCAUGUCAUCAAAUGGGAGAAACAGGAUGUCAAGUGCCAAUGGAAUGAUGAUGAUAAUGACUGGAGAGGGAAUGAUGAGAGGAAAUAUGGGCGGAAAUAAUGCUAUGAUGGUUAGUGAAAACGCUAUGAGGAAUGGAAAUAAUGGUAUGAUGAAUAAUGGAAACAAUGGCGGAAUGAUGAACAGUGAUAUGAUGAGUGGAAACGGCAUGAUGAUGAAUGGAGGAAACGGCGGAAUGAUGAAUGGAAACGGCAUGAUGAUGAAUGGGGGAAACGGCGGUAUGAUGAAUGGAGGGAACGGCAGAAUGAUGAAUGGCAACGGCAUGAUGAUGAAUGGAGGAAACGGUGGUAUGAUGAAUGGAAACGGCGGAAUGAUGAAUGGAAACGGCAUGAUGAUGAAUGGAAGAAACGGCGGAAUGAUGAAUGGGGGAAACAGCGGAAUGAUGAAUGGAAAUGGUGAAAUGAUGAAUGGAAACGGCAUGAUGAUGAGCAGAGGAAACGGUAGAAUGAUGAGUGAAAACGACAUGAUGAUGAACGGAGAAAAUGGUGGUAUGAUGAGCAGAAAUCGCGAGAUGAUGAAUGGAAACGUUAUGAUGAUAAACAGUGGAAUGAUGAAUGAAAACAGGAGAGUAAUAAAUGGAGGAAUGAUGAGUGAAAGUGGCAUGAUGAGUGGAAACAGGAGAUUGAUGAUAAGCAGUAACGGUAGAAUGAUGUUGAUUGGAAAUGGACGCAUGAUAAUGCAAGAGGGGGGUUCUGCUAGAGAUAAUGGAGACAGGAGCUCAGCAAGGACGGGAGUCUUGAUGCCCGUCAGCCGAAUACCCCGCAAUCGAUUGCCAGCUUAUAUAAUGAGGCGAAGAAGGUUACUAGUAGUGUGAUCAUACAAAACUUUCGAACAUAUUUCGUUUGCUUAUAUCCAGAAAUCGCAAACUUGAGCUUGUGUUGUUCCAGCUUCUUUUGCGGGUGUCAGUCAGGGGUCUUGUUUAUAUCAUA